GGUCGACGCUAGCUCACUGCUUCUCCACCGCCGCCGGAAUUACAGACCCCUCAACUUCAUUGCUGCCUUCUCUUCUUCAUUCCCUUUCUUCCUCACUCAGAGAGGACAGAAUGCUAUCUCUUCCAUUAGAUACUUGCGUUCUUCCUCCCCAUAUUCAACCACCUCAACGUUCCCUUUCCAGCUUCAGCCCGCCCACUUCACUUCUCACUUCUUCUACUUCCAACUACCGUUUUUCCUCUGCUUCUGCGCCUACGUUUCACUGCAAUGCUUCGCUACAGAUUUCCAACCAACGUAUUUCGGUUUGGAAUCGGAAUCCGCUUCUGUGCUCCAAAACGAAACGGAUUCAUGUUGGAUUGCUGGUUCCUCCUCUUCGGUGUGGAUCUUCAUCGGACACCAAUGGCGUCCAGAGCGAGCGGAGUUUGAUGCAGUGGAUAGAAUUGAUCGGUGAAGCUUUGUCCACUGCGUUUCCUGUUUGGGUGGCGUUGGGGUGUUUACUAGGGCUGCUCAGACCGGCUUCCUACGAUUGGGUUCAACCGAGAUGGACUGUUCUUGGUCUCACCGUCACAAUGCUUGGUAUGGGCAUGACAUUGACUCUCGAUGAUCUUCGUGGAGCUCUCGCUAUGCCUAAGGAAUUGAUUUCUGGAUUCUUGCUACAGUAUUCGGUGAUGCCAAUAUCAGGCUAUGUUGUCAGCAAGCUGUUAAAUCUGCCAUCUUACUAUGCAGCUGGUUUAAUAUUGGUUGGCUGCUGUCCUGGUGGAACAGCAAGCAAUAUCGUCACCUACAUUGCACGGGGAAAUGUUGCUCUUUCUGUGCUGAUGACAGCGAUGAGCACCGUGGCAGCCGUGAUCAUGACCCCAUUUCUCACUGCUAAACUUGCUGGUCAAUUUGUUGCUGUGGAUGCAGCUGGGUUAUUAAGAUCCACACUACAGAUUGUGCUUCUUCCUGUACUAGCUGGUGCAUUUUUAAACCAGUAUUUCCAUGGCUUGGUUCGAUUCAUCUCUCCAUUGAUGCCCCCUAUUGCUGUUGGUACAGUAGCUGUUUUAUGUGGAAAUGCAAUUGCUCAAAGCUCUUCUGCUAUUCUCACGUCUGGAAUGCAAGUUCUGCUGGCUGCAUCUCUUCUUCACAUGUCGGGAUUCUUCUUCGGUUACGUGCUCGCAAGAAUGCUCGGUAUCGACAUUUCGUCUUCUCGGACAAUCUCCAUUGAAGUUGGAAUGCAGAACUCAGUGCUAGGUGUUGUUCUUGCUACCCAGCACUUUGGAAACCCUCUGACGGCGGUGCCCUGUGCUGUUUCCAGUGUUUGUCACUCAAUCUUUGGCAGCGUUCUUGCUGGGAUCUGGAGACAAAGCAAAGAUUAGAUGAAGGUGAUGUCUUCUAUAUUUAUGCGCCAGGAUUCAAUCUUUCUGACUCAGUAAAAUUUAGACAUUGGAAGAUCUCUCCAGGGCAAUUUCUUAAUUUCUGCCAAUUCUUUAUAGGGUAUUUGCUAUCUUUCCAUGAUCCAACUCUGAUCAAGUUUAAGUUUGUUAUGGAAUGAAUAAAAACAUUGCAACUUUUUUAGUCUUA